AUGAGUGCCCGCCUGCAGGUUCCGUUAUCCCAGCGUCGGCAUACAAAUAUUGCGGCUGUCCGUUACACCAAGAAUGGAGUUAAACUCGAGAUUGCGUGCUAUAAAAACAAAGUGAUAUCAUACCGCAGUGGAGUGGAAACCCGAUUGGAUGAAGUCCUUCAGGUGGAGCGGGUCUUUACAAACAUCUCACGUGGUUUGUAUGCCUCUGAAAAAGAAAUCCAAACUGUAUUUGGUAGUGGAACGAGUGAGCGAGAGGCUCUGCAGUAUAUUCUCCAGUAUGGGGAACUGCAGGUGGCCCAGCAGGAACGCACAGCAGAGGUGGAUCAAAUGUUUAUAGACAUUGCGGUUAUUAUUUCACAGAAGUGUGUAAAUGCCGUUACGCAGAAACCAUUCCCUGCACAAGUUAUUGAACAGGCAUUGCGGUCUAUUGGGGCACGUAUUAAAUUGGAUCAGCCAGUGAAAAAACAGGCAUUGGCACUCCUGCAUCAACUCAUAGAUGCACAACUUAUUCCAAUCGCACGGGCACGAAUGAAACUAAGAUGUAUUGCGCCAGAUACAACUUCACUCGAUAAACUUGUGGAUUGGUGUAAAUGUAAUGAAGCCACAAUUGUAGAAGAAACAACGAACACAACUGGUAGUAAUAAUAAUAAUAAUAAUAAUAAUAAUAAUAAUAAUAAUAAUAAUAAUAGUAAUAGUGGAGAAGGAGAAGAAGGAGAAAGAAGAGGUGAUAAUGUAUCUUCGCAGCCUCCCUCACUCUUAAUUCUCCUUCAACCGCACUUAUUCCGUGAAAUUGAGAAAUUUGUGAAGACGGAACUUCCACCGGGAGGAUCUGUACAUAUGGUGGAGAGUGCCUCUAUGAACUUAGGGGAUGGGGAUCUUAUGAUGGAUGCAGACUUAAUUGCACAGGCCAACACACACGCUAGUUCCCCAAGCAACACUGGGAAUGAUUAUAGCAGCAGCCACAACACAGGCGGAGGUGGGAGUAGCAGUCAUAAUAAUAAUAAUAAUAAUAACACUCCACACAAUGGUGGAAACAAGGGUGGGAAACGAGGGAAAAAAGGUGGUAAGAAACAACAUGGAAAACAUCAUAAUAAUAAUGAUGAAGAUGAUGAUGAUAAUGAUAAUGGUAAUAAUAAUAAUAAUAAUAAUAAUAAUGAUGAUGACAAGAAUAAAGAUCGCCAGACUUCCACCACGGCCAAUCUCACAUCCACUCCUCCGUUAAAUGAUGAUGAGAAUGAAGAAACACUACAGGCGGCACUUCAGAAAUUGGGCCUAAAUGAAAUGGGCGGCUCCUCCGACGAGGACACAGAUGCCAAAUCUAAACGCGGUAAGAAAAAGACAAAACGACGACAAACUGGACAACAACAACAACAACAAACAAAAACACAAAAAGAGGUGAAGUUUGAUAUUCAAGAGGGAAGUGAUGAUGAGGUGCUCGUAAACCGCAAACAACGCAAACAAGCGGUGGCAGCAAAGGCGAAAGAAGAUGAAACACACCAAAACUAUGAUGAUGAUUAUGAAUAUAACUACGAAUACAUGGAGGAAGAUGAGGAAGGUCAUGGGCACUAA